GUGUUUGGGGGGGUGUUAUACCACAUUGGUUGAAGUUUGCUUCUGGUUUGUUUGUAGUCAAACAGGAUCUGUCUGUUUUUAAACAGUAUUUUAUCUGCUUUAGGACGUUUAACUAACCGUGUGUGAGCCUACUCACAGUAGCGUAGCUCGCUGGGAUUUAGUCCAACUGAAAAGACUACGCUAGCUUUAAGCAGUUAUCGUUUUUCAGUAGCUAAGGAUAGCUAUGGUUAGGUUGCAUUUAGCAAGCCUCUGGUAGGCCGAUUCUAUGACAUUAUUCCCAUUGCGUGUAUCGACUUUUGUCUUAUAUGACGCAACGUUUUUCAACUUUGGUCUUUUUAUUAACUUGUUUGGGUGGGUUAGGUUCAAAAUAACGUUUAAAUCUAGACAACGCGACUCAGUCACAUCGUCUGCACUCCUUCCUCAAGACCUGCCGCCAGAAGGUCGCUAGUUAGCUUUAACAUUCACAAACGGAAACAUAUUUCGCUCAUGUUGGACCUGUUUUGCGUCAACGUUUUUCCCUCUUAACACGCAGCUCUUUCACUUGCCGACUGAGGAUGAAGAGAGCCAGGGUCAGUGAUGAAGAAGCUCCUCGGCAGAAUGGCUCCGCCGGCGGAGGGAAAGAAAACAAGCGACAAAACGACGGGGACGACGGUGGCUGCGCCUUCGACCCUGCUGACCUGCAGGACGACAACGAGGAGUCCGGGCUCAGGAAAGAAAUACGGUGCAAGUACAGAGACCUCAUCAGCUCAGUGCAACAGAACAGAGAAGACAUGCUGAGUCCCACCAACAACAAACUCAAAGACGUUUUGGACGAGGCAGACAGACUUUUUAAAGAUGUCCGGCAGACGAGAGAAGCAGCUCUGGAUUUCCACCUCAUUGUUGUGACCGCAGACCUGGGAAAGGAGAAAGCCACAGAACUAGUUGCUGAGGGCACUGCCUUUGAUCCCACUACUUAUGCUGAGCACCUGCUGUCCUUGAUGGGUCUCAACCGACUGGAAGAUGGGAAUGAUGAGCAGGAGAACGGAGGUGCAGCUGAUGGCUACCUGCCCCAGGAUGCCUGGCACAGAGUGGCGAGGAGAGCAGAGUGCUGCUUCAGGACAGCGCCCUCCUUCCACUACAUGAUGGGUUCGUUCCAUGCAGAGCCGCCUCCUCCAAAGCAAAGGAUAGAACGGCAAAAAAAGGCACCCAGCAAGGAAGCCAAAAGGAUAAUGCCUACUCAGCUUAAGAAAAUGGAAGACUCUGACCAAGAGGCGACAGAGAAAGAGGUGGAAAGGAUCCUGGGAUGCCUGAAGAGUUACUACCAAGAUGACCCGACAUCCCCAAUAUCGUUUUAUGAGUUUGUCAUUGACCCCAACUCGUUUUCCCGGACAGUAGAGAACAUUUUCCACACGUCUUUUCUAAUCAGGGAUGGUUUGGCACGGACGUAUUUGGAUAGUGCCAAGUUGCCUUGUAUAGUGCCUGUAGAGGAGGGCGAAGUGGAAGCUGGAGGUUCGUGUAAACAGUGCAUCAUCUCUUUGAGCCCAAAGAUGUGGAAGGAGCUCAUAGAUGCCUUCGACAUCAGAGAAACAAUGAUUCAGCCUCCACAAAAGCAGAAUGAGUGAUGCACCCUGUCACUUUUUGUAAGCUGAAACCGAACAUUGUUUUUGGGUGUUUUAGGGCUCUUUUUUAAAAUUUCUAAAUAAGACAAAAUUGCCAGAAAAUUGCAAUGUACCUGUUUUGUCACAAAUGUACACUCUUACGAGUGACCUGAGAUCGUAAAUACUGACUUGCACAAUUUGUUUUGUAUUUUUGUAGGAUUGAAUAAUAGCAAAGAGAAAAAAGAUAAAGCUGGUACUGUUGUAAUUUAAGGGGCCACAAGCUUGAAGGGUUGAGAAUAACAGCCUUACAGGAACAACGAAGCACAACUUAGAGCAUAAGGACAAUUUGAGGAUGAAUGAUCUGACCUGGUUGUGAUGUGUGUGUGCUUAUUUGAAACUGCAGUCUUGAAACCUUACCACAACUUUACCCUAGCUACUGUACAGCAACCAAUCAGCAUUUAGGUUUUUUAUUUGUGUAAGGUGCAGUCCUGUUGUGCAGAAAUUUGCCAGCAGUUGAUUUUUGUUUUUUUGUUUUUUUCAAAAGAAAUAAAAAUAUUAUUUAAA